AUGCCUAAGGACAGUGAUACCGUCCAAGCUCAAGCUGAACCCAGCUCGCUGGAUUUGUUAAACUCUGUAUCAGUGAAGGUUCCGGCCUUUUGGCCAGAUUCUGCGGAGGCCUGGUUCGUGCAGGUGGAGGCUCAGUUCGCCCUCAAGGGAGUAACUGCCAGUUCCACCAAGUUUUACUACUGUGUAUCUUCGUUCAACCAGGAGACAACUAACCAGGUCCUAGAUCUCAUCAAGAACCCUCCUUCUCUCGACCCCUAUGAAGCCUUGAAGACCCGGUUAUUAAGAUUGUUUGCCCUCGACGAUUAUCAAAGGUAUGAAGCAAUUUGCAACCUCCCCCUCUCCGGCAACAUGAAACCUUCUAAACUUAUGUCGAACAUGCUCGCCCUGCUUCCCUUGGUCACAAGCCGUGCUUUUUCCUUCGUGGAGCGUUUCUGA